UCUAGCCUGUGUGACACAGCGAUACUGUCUCCAAAAAAAAUUAAAAAGCACUUGAGAGUUUUAGCCCAAGGGUUGGUGGGGAGCAUCCUCUGGAAAAGGGACACUGCCCUCCCUCCUGCCUGCAAUCGCCAGAACAGACUCCUGAGCGGACUCUCGUAGGCCUUCCCUUGAGAGGUGUGCUGACCCCAGGGGGCUUACCUGUUACAGUUGGACUGUAUGACAAAGUCGGUCAUGACCUGCAAGGCCCUCGUGGGUGAAGGUGCCUGACAUCUCCAGCCCGUUGGCUUUCAUGGGUGGGAGCCAGAACCUGCAGGGAAGAGGGUGUGGAGGGGGCAGGUGGGUGCCUCUUCCCCCAGCCCAAACAGCCCACCUGAGGGUGCUUUUUCUCUCUCCUGCAGGGGCCUCCUAGAUCCAGCACCUCCACCUUCACUGCUAGGGGAUGAUCAGGUGCAUAUCAGGAAGAGAAUAAUCCCGCGUCCCACCGAGGAUACCGCCACAACAUGGCUGGUUCUGGGAGCAGCUCAUGGUGGGGAGACAGUUAGGCAUUCAAGGGCUGACAUGAGUCAUCAGAGGAGAAUGGAGGGUUCUCUUGGGAGGUGGGGCUGAGGAAGGCCAUGAGCCAAGGACAGAGCUCAGUGCCCAGUGGCAUCCUGGGGCUCAGCCACAGCCUGGGCCUUGCUGGCCGUCACCGCCUGUCCUCCCUUGUAGGAGGCAGGAGUGGCCUUCGGCUGUAGAAACUGGUCUAACCAAGGCCAGUACCUAAGAGGAUCCCUCGCCUGGUAGGCCUUCUGCUCCUUAGCUGCCCUUGUCCUUCGAGUCUCAGCUCAAGAACCACCUCCUGGAAGCCUGCUUCCAGGCUCCCUCAUCCCAGUGAUGUUAUGGCAGAUAAAUGAGCUUGUAUCUGUCUCUCCUGUACCCAGAUAGCUCGCUGAGAGAAAGGCUGUUUUUCUGUAUUUACCUCCUUGGCUCAGAGCUUGGUGUGAAACCAGUGUUUGGGGAGUGUUUGCUGAGCAAACAGCAUGAGUUACAGCCCUGCCUGGGCAGGAUAUCCACCAGCAUUAUCCUAUGGACAGCUCACAGGUCCCUUGGGGUCAAAAGGCCCAGACCCUACCGACAGCUUCCGAAAGCACACCCAGUGCCAGAAACUGCAGAAACAUCAGGCACCAGCCCCCACCCCACCCUAACCCCCUUGCAGCAGUCACGCAACGCAAGUCCCUUCGAGGCCACCUCCUACAUCUGCCUCCAGGGCCUCCACUUCUCUUCAUCUCCAGAGGCACCACCAGCAUCUGAGCUCCCACCAGAUGUCCCCAGGCCCUCCGUGAGGAUGAGUGAAGGGAGAGGGCCGCCUGCUUCUACCCCUCAGCCCGUGCUAAGGAGAAAACUGGAUGCCAGCGCCCUAGGACAGUGCUGCCAGCUCACACCAACCACCUGGGAGCAGCAGAGGAGGAGGCACGCACAGGGCGCUGGAAUGAGACGGAACUGGUCUAAGUCCCAGCUCUGCUGGCUGUGGGGUCCUGGACCAGUCACUCAAGCUCUGUCUAUUGUUCCCAUCUGACGAAUGGGGACAUUUGCUCUCAGAGCUGUCAUUAGGAUGGAAUGAGGUCAUCUAGCAAAUACCUCGUGUACAAUAAACAUCUGCUAAAAGGUGGUCAGUUUUCCUCAGACCCAGACCUUGCAGGGGGACAACACACCAGGCCCGCGCGCCUGUGCUGCUGAACCGGGGAAGCAGGUGCGAGGCUCAGGCCCAUGACUGGCCACUCUCACUCACGAGGCAGUGCGGGGUGGCAGGCUCUUGUGUACGACGCCCCGGCCCCCCUCCACAAAGGCACUGGGAGGCUUAUGGUAGACGGAGGCCAGCGUGCCGAUGU